AUGGACGCCUUGAGGAAAGCAGAGCUUGAGGGCCAGUGUCAAGCCAUCCGCGCCUCGCUCAAAGAAUGGGAGCAUGAUUGGAGUGCCUCGAAUGGCGGUGCAAAGCCGUCGCGUGACGCGAUCAAGGCGAAUGCAGAUAUAGCCCGGAAAUAUAAAGAGUACAACAAAUUACGCGAUAUCAUCUCGGGGAAGAUCAAGGAGGAAUCAGUCUCGACGAAGCGAAAACCUACCGAGACGCGCCAGAAGGAGGAUAUUCCGCCCCUCCAAUUCGGCACACCCGCGUUCUUGCGAAGGAAAACGCUGCCGGCGGUAGAAGAAACCGAGGAGUACGAGUCGCCCAAGAAGCUGAGGAGGAUAUCCAGGAAGCCGUUUGCCCGAGGCCUUAGUGCCAUCGUAGCCAACCUCCGCAAGGUGGAGGAGGAGCACAUAGAAGACCAGUUCGAUGACGACGAGGCUGCCAUGCGCGAGAUGGAGGCCGAGAGCUUCGCAGCAACCCAGCCCGAGCUCAAGAAGCCGGUAGAAGCGGUGCCGAUCGUGCCCGAUAGUCAGCCUGGAGUGAAACUUCUGGGUGGAUUUGACGACGAGAACGCUUACGACAGCCCCGUGGAGGACCAGACGGAUCGAGGACGCCCCGUCAGAGAGUUCAAGAAGAAGGCGCCCAAACGGACUACGAGAAAGGUCAUCAUGAGGCCGAUAUUUAGCAAGCGGCCGACCGAGACACAGCCCGCCAGCGAGAGUGAUUUAAGUGAUGAGGAAGACGCGCCCGUACCCGAAACUCAAGUCGACGCCACAGCGCUGGGUGCACCUCUGGCUGACGAUUCGGAUGGCCAUUCCGACUUUACGCCUGAUCACGACCACGAUGAAGGGGACGAAGCGGCCGGGGCAGACUUGGCCAAGGCGAUACGAGCAGGCCGAAAGCGAACUACCAAGGCUCUCGACGAGGAGGCCGCGCAAGCCAAGAAGGAGAAGGGUAAGACCAAGGGCAAGGAUAAGGAGAAGGCCACGGACAAGGACAAGGAUGAAGGCAAGGUCCGAAAGGUGGCCCGCAAGGUCAAUGAGCUUGCUCAUGCCAACUUUAGGCGCCUAAAACUAAGAAACAACGGGGCCAAGGGAGGGCCAGGCUACAAUAGCAGAUUCAGGCGGAGGUAA